CCCUGCCUUGCGGCGCGCUGCGUUCCUCGAUCCCAACCGCCGUAUGCGACCAGAGUCUAUAACACACCCGAAGGUGCCACAUUACUCCAGCCCUUUUCCGACGGUCAAAAUCGAUGCUGGCCCGUCAACCGGAAAGUGCACCAAGCGAAAGCAAGGCUGAGUUCCGGACGACGCGACUGA